AUGGCCCUCCUGUCGCGGUCUUCCCUCCGUUCUGUGCGACGGGCGCCCGAAGAACCUGCCGACAGUCAAGCACCGCCGAAGAAACCGCGCAUCGAAAAUAGCGACCGCAAGAGUUCCCCCGAUUGUCUUGACACGAAAGAUCCUACCUCGAAAACCUGUCCCACCUCCUUGAAACCCUCGCGAUCGCGCACGUCCAAUCGCACUCGUCGCAACUCCUCCUCGUCCGUGGACACAGUCGCCUCCUCCGUCGGACGUACAAACGGAAAUGGCACCCUCAAGACCCCACGCGUCCGGCGUGACCAAGGAACCCCCUCCGGCGCGGCUCUGCUGCGUGGUGUACAUGAGUCGCCAGAUCCAUUGGACACGAUCUCUCCAGCGCCCUCGGUCGCAAAGCAGCGCACCGUUACCCCAGCGAACGUGGACUUGAAUGUCAAAUCUACUUCGCCUGUGACCCGCACGACUCGUCGCAAUGAGAAUCGAUCGCUGGCGGACGUCGACGAGAACGCGAUUAAGAAAGAGGGUGCUUUGGAGGACGCGACUCCGACGCGAGAGAACAAGACCGAGGCUGCAUCGGUAGACACACGGUCGGGGAGACGGUCGUUGCGUUCAACAGAUACCGGAUCACGGUGCAAGAGCGAGCUUGCGCAGUAUUUCCACAACUAUGAACAGAUUAUCAGUCUGGAAGCCCCUGAGCCUGAAUUCCUCGCCGCUAAAACAACCAUCUCUCUCGUUGACGAUCUAUCGCGACCACUACCUUUCUGCUCAAACCCUGACCCUACACCCUUCGGCAACCCGCUACUCAAGCUCUACGACUGUGAGAAGAUUACCCUGCCCGCACCCACAUCGAACACACCUACAACCGACCCACUGAGUGAAGAGACCUACUUCCGCGCGCAUCGCAAGUUCGAAAGACAGGAGAAACAACUCCGCAAUAUCGAGCGCAACCGCGCCCAACAUGAACAGCAAGUCCUGGAGCGCCUCCUAGACGAGCUCCGCGGCCAUGACUGGCUACGUAUGAUGGGUCUAACAGGAGUCCACGAAAGCGAGAAGAAGCUGUACGAGCCGAAACGCGAUAUCUUAAUCCAAGAGCUAGUCACUCUGGUCAAUAAGUUCCAAGCAUGGAAAGACGAAGAGCGUCGACGAAAACUGGAAAAAGAAAAAGCUCACCCGGUGCCAGGAACUGAGGCAGCACCCAAUGCCCAGCCCCGACAGCACUCGCGCAAACGAUCCCGCCCCGCCGACGGCGUGGAUAGCUCCCCGGCACCGGGGACUGAUAUACACAGCACACCAGACGUAGACGCAGAGCCAGAUCCAGACCCAAGUGACAUCGAUGCCUUAGCUGCGCGUCAGCUCCAUCAGGAAGCUCGCUCAGCUGGCGCUGCUAAAUCGCGCAAGACCGCCCCUGCUGCUCGCAAGUCUAUCUCCAAACCGGCCCCCAACACCAACACUACCAACACUACCAACACCACCAUUACUACUCCCAACACCAACACCAAAGACCCUGAACCAACACCAACACCCACUCCCAAACGAAAAAAGCCCAAUCCAACACACACAAAACCUCAACCCGCAGCCCCAACUCCAACCCAAAAACCCGCCCCAAAACUCCAACAAGCCUCCCUCUCCCACUUCUGGAACCCAGCCCCACGAACCGGCCCCUUCACCUCCUUCUUCCGGCAACGACACGUCCGCGAAGCAGCCAUCGCCGCGACAAACGGUAUCCGCCGCGGCGGGUCCCGCUCAACACUCGCAUUCGGAUACCCGGUUCCUGAACCGGCGGAACAGGAAUUCGAGUUACCGCCGGAGAUCCUGAAUGAAGAUUCUAUUCAGCAGUCGCAACGGAAGAGGAGGAGACUUAAGAGACGGAGUUUGGGGGGUUGA